AGGCUUCCGUCACCAAGUAGCAAAGCCCGGAGGACGAGCAGCAAGAUAUCCUACUGUGGCCACGAGUGUCUGCUGAGGACCUGCUUCAGCCCUCAGUUGUCCCCUCUCCCCAAGGGGCUCUGAGACCUUUGGGAUUCCUGUCACAUUCACUCAAGGGCCUGAGAGGACCUAACAAAUCACCCCGGAGGAGCUGAGCAUGACCCGGGACGAGGCACUGCCAGACUCGUAUUCAGCACAGGGCUUCUAUGAGAACUAUGAGCCCAAGGAGAUCCUGGGCAGAGGAGUUAGCAGUGUCGUCAGGCGCUGCAUCCACAAGCCCACGUGCCAGGAGUAUGCUGUGAAGAUCAUUGACAUCACCGGCGGGGGCAGCUUCAGCUCUGCGGAGGUGCAGGAGCUGCGGGAGGCGACGCUGAAGGAGGUGGACAUCCUGCGCAAGGUCUCGGGGCUCCCCAACAUCAUACAGCUGAAGGACACAUAUGAGACCAACACUUUCUUCUUCUUGGUGUUUGAUCUGAUGAAGAGAGGGGAGCUCUUUGAUUACCUCACUGAGAAGGUCACUCUGAGUGAGAAGGAAACCAGAAAGAUCAUGAGAGCCCUGCUGGAGGUAAUCUGCAAUUUGCACAAACUCAACAUUGUGCAUCGGGAUCUGAAGCCCGAGAACAUCCUCUUGGAUGAUGACAUGAACAUCAAGCUCACAGACUUUGGUUUUUCCUGCCAGCUGGAGCCAGGAGAGAAGCUGCGAGAGGUCUGUGGGACCCCCAGUUACCUGGCCCCUGAGAUCAUUGAAUGCUCCAUGAAUGAUGACCACCCAGGUUAUGGGAAGGAAGUGGACAUGUGGAGCACAGGCGUCAUCAUGUACACCCUGCUGGCUGGCUCCCCACCCUUCUGGCACCGGAAACAGAUGCUGAUGCUGAGGAUGAUCAUGAGUGGCAACUACCAGUUUGGCUCACCUGAAUGGGAUGAUUAUUCAGACACAGUGAAGGACUUGGUUUCUCGCUUCUUGGUGGUGAACCCCCGGGGCCGCUGUUCAGCAGAAGAGGCCUUAGCACACCCGUUCUUCCAGCAGUAUGUGGUGGAAGAAGUGCGUCACUUCAGCCCCCGGGGCAAGUUCAAGGUGAUUGCUGUCACAGUACUGGCUUCAGUGCGGAUCUACUACCAGUACCGCCGGGUGAAGCCAGUGACCCGGGAGAUCGUCAUCCGUGACCCUUAUGCCCUCCGUCCUCUGCGCCGACUCAUCGAUGCCUAUGCUUUCCGCAUCUAUGGCCACUGGGUGAAGAAGGGGCAGCAGCAGAACCGGGCUGCCCUCUUUGAGAACACACCCAAAGCUGUGCUCCUCUCCCUGGCUGAGGAAGACUACUGAGGGGCCAGCAGGUGGGGUAGGUGGGGCGGGGGGCGGGCAAGGAGGGAAAGCCACAGAAACAGAAGUUGAAGGAGUGAGAUCCUGUCCAAGCCUCUGUCCAGAGCGGGGUACUUGGGCCUGGCCAGAACCCCUGCACCCAAGGCCCCUAUCCCCUCUCAGAGGCUCUGCACAAGGGCAGGGCGCUCCCAUCACACGUCAUCACAUGUUGGUGAGUGUGGUCAGGGCCUGUCCCCAUAGAGGGGAACUGCUUCUCUACUUCCCAGCUGUAAGCACCAUCUCAGGUUCUUCUCAUGGGAGGCCCAGAGUUCCAGAUGCUUGCGCGCCCUUCUCUUAGGGUGCCAGGGUGAGGAUAAAAGAGAAUAGUCUGAGAUAUACAAUCACAAGAGGUUUUACUGAGCUCACAACAUCCAGUGGCACCAUGGGAGCAGGUUCUUUUCUAGGGACAUAUGUUUAGAGGCAUAUGGGAGCCCUGAUCUGAUUAACAAUAGAAAGGGAAGGUUCUGGUAUUUGUCUGUCUGGAAUAUCAUUUACUUUGUGACUCUCACAAUACAGUUUUGUCUGGUAAAUAAUUCGGCUCCCCUAGACCCUUUUAAGACUGACAUUGUGCUUUAAAGAGCCUGGUUACUGCAUUCUAUGUACGGUUAGCAGAAAUUAGGUUCCUUCAGAGGCAUGUGAAACACUACAAAUGAGGUGAACGAAAGAAGUACUUUCCUUCUACAGCAAUUUGCUUGGAAAACAAAGAGAAAUGGCGAAAUUCUGCCUUGAGAAAACAAUGUCGGAUACCUGAAUCAAACAUUGAUUUAAAAUUUUUAACAAAGUGCCUUUCAGAACACUCUGGCCCAAUUGUUUGAGUACUGGGCCCUAUACAGUUAAUAUCUGACCUCUAAGAGAAACACCCAGCUCUUGGCCACAAUCAAUAAGUUGGGCCCCUUCUCCAGGAGACAGUGGCACCCCUCCUCUGAGGUUAGAGUCCUCUCCUGGCCUGGUGAGAGAUGCCUGCCACAGAGGAAUGGAAGAGGGGUAGGAGGUCAUUCCUGAGGCUAAAGUUUAAGAGUCUGGAGUUUGGCUGUGUCUGGAACGUGGCCAGGGAGUGGCACGGGCACCAUGGGGCUCUUCUCUUUGGCUCUGCAUAGCUGUUCACAACUCCCCAGGCAGUCGGCCUGCACUGGAUGCACAACGGAAGCCAAGGUUGUCUGAAGCUGAAUCUGGAGUGUUGCCCAUCCUGGCACCAGAGAAGAGGAGAAAGAAUGGACAUUUGUUGAAAAGGGGCCUGGAGUCUUACUCCACUUUCCUGCUCUACCUCCUAGGGCCUGCUGUGGUCCAGGGUGCGGGAGGACAUGGUCUAGAAAGAAGCCUGGGGUGAGGGCACUCGUGGGGCAAUGGGGAGAAGGGCCCUGGGACAGGGUGGAGGAAGUGUGAGUGAACAGCCCUGAGAAUCUGCUCUGGAAGGCAGGAAGGGCAAUGACUAGUAACUUUAGCUGCUGGUGGUUUAGAAUAACUCAGUCAAAACAAACAAACAAACAAACAAACAAACAAACAAAAAAUCCUGUCAGUAAGAAGCAAAAUGUUGUAGUGCCAGUGAGUACUUCAUACUUUUUAAUGAACUUUCACAUAUGCUCCUUCAUUUGUCAUUUCUCAAUAGCUCUGGAAGGGAGGGUCUGUUCACCAUUUUAGAGACCCAGCAGAUACUAGAAAGAUGUAAAUAUCCUGCCCAGAGCCAACUACUGCUUCAUGGGCACAAGAGAUUCAGUGGCAAACCCAGCUUCCUGGUUCCCAGGCUAAUAUCUUCUCCAUUACUUUGUCCUAAAAAAAGGAGGUGAGAGAAAGUCUUGGGCCUCAAUGUGUCAAAGAAACGUCUGCAAACCUGACUUCCCGAGGCCACAGAAACUGUGGUCUCUUUUUAAUCCUUAUGGAACCCGUAAUGGGAGAAAUCACAGGGAGAUCAAUCAAAAUAAAUGUACAGAUGAGAGUGUAGAGACAGUCCCAGUAGGAGACUCAGGUGCUAGCACUAAUCAUCUGUGUGAAAUGAGCAGGUCCCAGCACCUCCCUGAGCCUAAUUUUCCUUGACGGUAAAACAAAAUGGUUACGGAAAAUGAUUUUUCAUGUGCUUUCCAGUUUGAAGGGUCAGUAUUUCCAUGACCCCAGGCCAUAACCUAUUUAUGUGGCCAUUCUACCCCCCUGUCUCCGCACACCCAGUUAGGAGGACAAGAGCAGAAAGAAAACCUUAUGGUGUGGGACACAAAGUCUUUCUGGGUCCUGAGAGCUGGCAAGAAAAGGCACAAGUCGCCCUGGGCUCUUUUGCUUCUCAUGGCAAGUGCUGCUUGUUCUCUUUUCUGUGCCCAACUCUGGGUGCAGACGGAGGUGUGGAAGCAGUGCCAACACCAGCUCUGGUGCUGUCUGUGCUCUGGGAGACCAGGACCUGACCCUCAGCCCCCAGAUCCCAGGCUUCUUACCUGGUGGUGACCCGGGCCCGGUGGUUGGCGGAGCCAUCAGCUGUGUCGAUCCAGGAUGCCCCCGGAGGACACGCAUGUCCUGGUCAGUGGCCGGGUACGGUGAUGCCGUCCACUCCCACACGUUGCCCAUGAGGUCAUAGAGCCCUACAGCACAGCAGGGUGGGGGUCAGUCCCAGGCUGGCUAGUACCCCCCCCCCCCCCCCCCCGUCCCCACUUAUGAAGUCUUUAGGGGAGCAAAUGCUUCUCUGGUGGUGUUUCUUUCUGCCUCAUUGAUCAACAGAAUGAUCCCGCCAAACAAUUUGUGAGUGUUGACAGCAAUGUGAAAGGAAAUCUUACCAUAGUUAUUCUGUGGGGGGAAAGCAUUCACUGGGGAGACUCCAUGGAAGCCAUCCUCAGCUUUGUCACCCUUGGGGAACUUUCCCUGAGAAGGAGAAAUUUAGACUAAAACAUUUACCAUCCUGUUCCAAGGCAGGUGUCCUUGUCUACCCAGAGGAAAACCAAGGUCACUUGCUGUGUCAUCUGGGGUGGGGUGAGGGGUAUGGGGCAGUGUUCUGAGGUACCCAUCCUGAGCUCCCAAACUAGUCACCUCAUGUCCUCCACCAUCAACUCCUGGCUGGAUUAGGACGGGUAUGCUUUCCCCUGUGCCCACAGGCGUCUAGAACAAGCCUACCCCACUCCCACUUUCUCCACUCUCAGCAGCUCCCACUCCUCUGCCUUGGACCCCAUGCGCUUCGGUGCCUUGGGAAGAAAGGCUCUCCUCCCCUCCUCUGUGGUCAGCACCACCUGCCAUCUGCAGAACAACCAAUGCCCACCCUGUGCUCUCCUGUAACACCUCUUCCCCUUCUACCACCAACAGGUGUAACUCUCCCUCGUCUGCCCUGACUCUAUACUCAUCUGUUCUUACAACCAAAAUUCCUGAAAAAAAGGACCCUAUAUUUGCUGAUGCAAUGUGUCCAAUGUGUUCAUUCUUCUCAUUAAAACUGGGAUUCAUCUUCCA